GGUGUUAAAUCCCUGGCAGGCGCCUUCACAAUGUUUAGCGGGAAAGCCGUGGGGUUUUGCACCAGCUCCUGCCGCAGUCUGCAAAGCACCCAACAGUGAACUAAAUGGAUCCGCCUCGAGUUCGAGAAUGAAUGGCGGGAGACUGAGCCGCAAGUUCUCUCCGGCUCUUCCUCCACAGCACCCCGCGUUGAAUGCUCCAGAGACGGAGAACCCCCCGACCUUGGCUAGAUCGCACCCUGAGAGAGCCUUGCAGCAGGAGAACUGUAGUGGCGCCCUCGACGACGCCCCCUUUGCUGUGCCUCUGUAUCCUUCCUCAGCAUAGAAAAAGACAAGAGACGCACAGCAGGAACUUCCGGUUCACCUUGGCUCGCCACCCUCAGUGGCUGGUCACUCACAGACUUUCCUUUUCUUCACCUUAUCCAGCUGUGUCUCAGAGAGGAUUAAGGGAAUCGUGGGAAGGGGCAGAAUCUUUUGCAGGCACAGCAAAUGCCUCUGCCCAUUGAGUUUGGUGCAUUUUCUUGGGGUUGAGCUGGAGGCUGAUCCCUGGCAAAGCAAAAAGUUCCCAUGUUCCUUCUCUCACAAAGAACUUAGGGAAACCCCCGUGAAAAAGGCACCGAGGCUUCCACGCCUCUCCUGUUGUGGGAAAGUGACUACUGUUUCCUCAUCCCUGAAGGGGUUCUGCAAGAUGCUCUGUGCUGUUCACCCAUCCCAGAUUUCCUAGAUGAAGGAUUUCUUUCCUCCUCAGCAAAGCAAAGCGCUCCCUUGGAACUAUACUCAAUGCAGUUUCAAACUGAUUUCCCCGCAGGAGUUCUGCACAGGACAGGGAGAAGAUCCACCAGGUGGAAUGUGGGUUUCUAAAAUCUUCAUCCCUCAGGAGAGAACAAAGAGGUACUUUGGCUUUUGUUGGGAGGCUGCCUUGGAGCACGAAUGAAAGAUGGGAAAGGAAGACCCAGCUAGCUGCCAAGCAGGAGAAGACCUUGAGGCCAGACAAGUGGGGAGCACUGGGGAAUUCUGGGAAAGGGCCAAGCAGAAGAUGCUGGUUGAGGACAUCAGGAGCUCAGAGGCCCAGCGCCUGCGCUUCAGGCAGUUCUGCUACCAGCAGGCCGAGGGGCCCCGAGAGGUUUGUAGCCAGCUCCACAGCCUUUGCCAUCAGUGGCUGAAGCCGGAAAGCCACACGAAAGCUCAGAUGCUGGACCUGGUGACCCUGGAGCAGUUCCUGGCCAUCCUGCCCCCAGAGCUGGAGAGCUGGAUCAGAGAGUGUGGAGCAGAGACCAGUUCCCAGGCAGUGGCCCUGGCAGAAGGUUUCCUCCUGAGCCAGGCAGAGGACAAGAGGCAGGAAGAACAGCAGGUGCAAGGACUGUUGUCGGAAGCGGCCCCUGACUUCCCUGAAGCCGAGAAGGCUCCAUCAGGCACCAGGCAGAGGCCUCUGUCCAAGGAGAUCCCCAGGCAGGAGGACAGCAGUGGGGCCACCAUGCUGGGUGCUGGAAUGAUGCUGCCAGGGCCUUCUCAGCCAUCGCUUCUUCCUCGUGGGGUGGAAGAUGCUUCAGGACCACAGAAGCAGGGCCAGGCGACCUUUGAGGAGGUGGCUGUGCAUUUCACAGAAGAGGAGUGGGCUCUGCUGGAUCUGGACCAGAGAACCCUGCACAGGGAAGUCAUGGAGGAGAAUAGGAGGAAUGUGGCCUCUCUGGCAGAUGACAGUGGGGAGAGGAACAAGGAGGGAAUUUGCAAUGGAGGAUUGAUGGGUGGUGCCAGCUGGAAAGAGAGGAAAAAACAGAAAAUGAAAACUAAAACAAAACAGAAGAACAGGAAUGGAUCUCAUCAUGGCGAAGUCUAUAACAUUAGAAUCCAAAAAAUAAUGGAGAAAGAAAAAGAAAGAAGAAUGUGCCCUCUGAGAAGGAAAAUCUUCUGUUCUGAACCAAGCUUUCAAGCUCAGUGGGAAAGGCACACAGGAGAGAAACCAUAUAAAUGCUUGGAGUGUGGAAAGAGUUUCAGUGAGAGGAGAAAACUUACUAGCCAUCAAAGAGCCCAUACUGGGGAGAAACCAUAUAAAUGCUUGGAGUGUGGAAAGAGUUUCAGUGUGAACGGAACACUUACAAACCAUCAAAGAUCCCACACUGGAGAGAAACCAUAUCAAUGCUUGGAGUGUGGAAAGAGCUUCAGUCAGAGCGGACAUCUUACCGUACAUCAAAGAUCCCACACUGGAGAGAAACCAUAUCAAUGCUUGGAGUGUGGAAAGAGCUUCAGUCAGAGUGGACAUCUUACUAGCCAUAAAAGAGCCCAUACUGGAGAGAAACCAUAUACAUGCUUGGAGUGUGGAAAGAGCUUCAGUCAGAGUGGAAUGCUCAAUAGGCAUCAGAAAACCCAUACAGGGGAGAAACCAUAUACAUGCUUGGAGUGUGGAAAGAGCUUCAGUGAGAGAAGAACACUUAUUAGGCAUCAAAAAAGGCAUACAGGGAAGAAACCAUAUACAUUCCUGGAGUGUGGAAAGAGCCUCAGUCAGGGUGGAGAUCUUGAUAGGUAUCAAAGAACCCAUACUGGAGAGAAACAAUAUAUGUGUUUGGCACAUGGUUCACAUCAAAUAAUCCAUUCUGUCACGGUUCCUCCAAAGGAAUCAAAGGAGCUGAAGUUGCAGUGGCACCCCGCGUUGAAUGCUCCAGAGACGGAGAACCCCCCGACCUUGGCUAGAUCGCACCCUGAGAGAGGCUUGCAGCAGGAGAACUGUAGUGGCGCCCUCGACGACGCCCCCUUUGCUGUGCCUCUGGAUCUGGGAGAAGAUCCACCAGGUGGAAUGUGGGUUUCUAAAAUCUUCAUCCCUCAGGAGAGAACAAAGAGGUACUUUGGCUUUUGUUGGGAGGCUGCCUUGGAGCACGGCUUAAAGAUGGGAAAGGAAGACCCAGCUAGCUGCAAAGCAGGAGACGGCCCUGAGGCCAGCCAGGUGGGGAGCACUGGGGAAUUCUGGGAAAGGAUCAAGCAGGAGAUCCUGGUUGAGGACAUCAGGAGUUCAGAGGCCCAGCGCCUGCGCUUCAGGCAGUUCUGCUACCCGCAGGCCGAGGGCCCCCGAGAGGUUUGCGGCCGACUCCACAGCCUUUGCCAUCAGUGGCUGAAGCCGGAAAGUCACACAAAAGCUCAGAUGCUGGACCUGGUGAUCCUGGAGCAGUUUCUGGCCAUCCUGCCCCCAGAGGUGGAGAGCUGGGUUAGAGAGUGUGGAGCAGAGACCAGUUCCCAGGCAGUGGCCUUGGCAGAAGGUUUCCUCCUGAGCCAGGCAGAGGACAAGAGUCAGGAAGAACAGCAGGUGCAAGGACUGAUGUCGGAAGCAGCCCCUGACUUCCCUGAGGCCGAGAAGGCUCCAUCAGGCACCAGGCAGAGGCCUCUGUCCACGGAGAUCCCCAGGCAGGAGGGCAGCAGUGGGGCCACCUUGCUGGGUGCUGGAAAGAUGCUGCCAAUGCAGUCUAAGCCAUCGCUUCUUUCUGGUGGAAUUGAAGAUGUUUCAGGACAGCCGAAGCAGGGCCAGGUGAGCUUUGAGGAGGUGGCUAUGCAUUUCACGGAAGAGGAGUGGGCUCUGCUGGAUCUGGACCAGAGAACCCUGCACAGGGAAGUCAUGGAGGAGAAUAGGGGGAAUGUGGCUUCUCUGGCAGAUGACAGUGGGGAGAGGAACAAGGAGGGAAUUUGCAACAGAGGAUUGUUAGGUGGUGCCAGCUGGAAAGAGAGGAAAAAACAGAGAAUGAAAACUGAAGAAAAUCAGAAGAGGAGGAAUGGGUCUUCUGCUUCAAGUCAUGGCAAAGUACAUAAAAUCGGAAUCCAAAAAGCAAUGCAAAAAGAAACAGAAAGAAGAAUGUGCCCUCUGAGAAGGAAAAGUUUAUGUUCUGAACCAAGCAUUCAACCUCAGUGGGGAAUUCAAACAGGAGAAAAACGAUAUAAAUGCUUGGAGUGUGGAAGGAAUUUCAGUCAAAGUGCAUACCUCACUUCCCAUCAAAAAUCCCAUACAGGGGAGAAACCAUUUAAAUGCUUGGAGUGUGGAAAGAGCUUCAGUCACAGCGGAAAUCUUACUACCCAUCAAAGAACCCAUACCGGGGAGAAACCAUAUCAAUGCUUGGACUGUGGAAGGGGCUUCAGUCAGAGUGUACAUCUUACUAGCCAUCUAAGAGCCCAUAGUGGGGAGAAACCAUAUCAAUGCUUAGAGUGUGGAAAAAGCUUCAGUCAGAGCGUACAUCUUACUAGCCAUCAAAGAACCCAUACCGGGGAGAAACCAUAUCAAUGCUUGGACUGUGGAAGGGGCUUCAGUCAGAGUGUACAUCUUACUAGCCAUCUAAGAGCCCAUAGUGGGGAGAAACCAUAUCAAUGCUUAGAGUGUGGAAAAAGCUUCAGUCAGAGCGUACAUCUUACUAGCCAUCAAAGAACCCAUACCGGGGAGAAACCAUAUCAAUGCUUGGACUGUGGAAGGGGCUUCAGUCAGAUUGGACAUCUUACUUUACAUCAAAGAACCCAUACUGGAGAGAAACCAUAUACAUGUUUGGAGUGUGGAAAGAGCUUCAGUCACAGGGGAAAUCUUACUAUCCAUCAAAGAACCCAUACCGGGGAGAAACUAUAUCAAUGCUUGGAGUGUGGAAAGAGCUUCAGUUACAGCAGAACACUUACUAGGCAUCAAAGAAUCCAUACUGGAGAGAAACUAUUUAAAUGCUUGGACUGUGGAAGGGGCUUCAGUCAGAAAGGAACACUUACUAGGCAUCAAAGAACCCAUACUGGAGAUAAACCAUAUACAUGUUUGGAGUGUGGAAAGAGCUUCAGUCAGAAAGGAACACUUACUAGGCAUCAAAGAGCCCACACUGGGGAGAAACCAUAUAAACGCUUGGAGUCUAGAAAUUUCUUCAGCCACACUUCACUUUUCAUCAAAUAAUCCAUACAGAGGACAAGCCAUAUACAUUCUUGGAGCUCCAGCCGGACCAGAUAUCUUACUGUAUAUCAAAGAGAUCUCACUGAAGAGAAACCAUAUAAAUGUUUGGUGUGUGUUUCACAACAAAGAAUCCUUGGUUCACUUUAGGAACCCCAAAUCAACUGCAAACCAUCACUUCAAAGAACCAACUCUGGCGAUUUAUAGUGUUUAAGGAAAAGUCGCCUCAUUUCCUCUGACAAAAACAGAAAAGGAUCCCAUCAGCCCUGAAAGACAUACAUUUGUAUCUUCUUGUGGGCUUUUGUAUUAAAUAUUUUUGAAAUAUUUA